AUGGUCAAGAAUAAGCGAGUUGCUCUCAAAGCACCUGAGAAGAACCCGUGGAUUCAGGAAUCGACAAGUGAAUCCAAGAAUGAGAUACAGAACACCACCGCUGGCCAAGAGCUCCUUCACGCUCUAGCAAGCAUGCGGGUCGAUUCUAAAUACAGCGAUUUGACUAUCAUAUGUGAGGACGAUGUCUACGCCGUGCACAAGUGUAUAGUCUGCACGCGGUCAGAAUUUUUUGCCAAGGCUUGCGACAGUCGCUUUGAGGAGGCCUCCACGAACACGAUCAUACUAGAGGAAGAACCGGCUUUGGUUAAGCAAAUGAUUGAGUAUCUCUACUCCCUGGAUUAUCAGGCGGAAUAUCAUCACCCAGAACCUGAGGACGUUCCUCCAAAUGAGCACUCGGCUAUCAACGACUCAGAGGGCACGGAUAUUUUCGUGAAGGCCCUUCCUCGACAAUCAGGAGAAACUGAGCAGGACAAUCCAGAUAAAAUGAUGGGGCCAGUCGAGGAUUCAACAACCGCAUUUGAUCCUCUUUCCUUUCAUAUACUGAUGUAUUCGCUCGCGGACCGAAUGUUUAUAAGGGGCCUGAAGGUACUCUCCAAGGCCAAAGUUGAACGAGAGCUACUCCGGCGAUUGGAUUCAAAAACAUUUCCGCGUGCUAUCGUUGAGAUAUACAACUCAACUCCCGCGAGUGACCGGGGCCUACGAGAUUUGGCUGUGAACAUGACUAUGGACCACCUUACGGAAUUGAGGACCGCAGAGGAAACAACCAAGGCGGCAUUUCCGGACAGCUUGGUCAAAUCUGUCCCACAAUUUUCUUCCGACUUACUUGUGGCAAUGAUGAAUAGGACGGUAUCUGAUUGGAACGAGCAUGGGCUAUGUAAGAAAAACUGGUCUCCCGAGUUCGACACACAGAAAAAGUUCGCGGAAAGUCUGGGCGCCAUGCACACUGUCGCACAAGCAACUCUUUAA